UCGAAAUCAUAAGUUCAUUGUCUUCUAUUUUUAUAAUUUUACAAGUUUCGUUGCCAAACAAUGCAUCUUAACAACCACACUCGCAUCAAAAGGUGCUUUUCAUCGAAUCUACACUCAAAUUGAGUAUAUAUAGAACAACAUAGAAGCGUUUUCUCACCAAAAGUUAAAAUAGUAUCUUGCGUAACAUUAUAUAAUUACUGUUUUUGAAAGUUUUUCUUUCUCCAUUUUGGCAAGCUGAGAAAUUUAAUCCGUCAAAUUUUUCCUCCAUCGAUUUUAAUUGUGAACGAAGAAAGAAUACUGAAAUAAAUGGAUAUACUUUAUCUUUCUAUACUUUCCUUCUUUUAUUAUGUAGCAAAUGAAUUUUAGUUCGACAACAACCAAACAGAAAAUAGAAAGCAAAAUUAAGCCACCGAGACCGUUAAGUUGUCCAAUUUUGGACAAGAGAAAUUAUAAAGAAGUUAUUCAAGAGAAAAAAUUGACAGGAGCCGUCAACAGUGUCGAAACCGUUAAUAAAAUAACGGAAACAGACUCAAGUAAAAACAUCUGUCGACAACUAAGUGAAGAGAGUUUGACCCUACCACGAAAAAAAAAACAAUUUUCUUCGUCGAGUUUCUAUGAAGAUCCUCAAGUCUCUUAUCCAACUAUCCAGGAACAGGUGCAACUGUGUCGCCAGAUUGCGGAUUCUCUAUGCGAUGAAAGUGGGAAAAAAUCAAAGGGAGCUUCCCUUUUUGAUAAAAAAAUGAAAACGGCUAACAAAUGGGUACACGAAAAUCCCGAUGCAUCUGUAACUGAAGAUGAUCCUUCUAUGUCCGAAGUUAAAGAAGAUUACCAGGAGAAGGAACCUAAAGAUAUGCCACCCCGUCCGAAGAGUAAAACACCUCCUAACUUGAAACUAAUCUUAGACCCGAGAUUGCCGCAGAAUGUUGAGAUGUUAAGAGUAGCCGGACAACAGAUAAGCGAGCAUAAUGUCGUUAGUCCGGACGUAUGUCUGGAUCUUGUUAAAGAUCUAGAGAGCCCUAUGGGGAAAGGUAGCGCACUGUUCGCUAAAAGGAAACAGAAGGCUGAAGAUUGGGUAGUGGACGAAGAAAUAGUCAAAGCGCACACCAAAACACCAGAGCCAAUCCCCGAACCGCCAGUGCCUAGUUUGCGAAAACUUCAAGAGAAGUUCCAACAUCCCAAAUUGAAAUUGGUAAAGAGCCCAUGGGAAGCGGCUCUUCAGUCACCUAUAGGUUGCUGCGAUGGGGCCUUUGCGGAUGCCAGACCAGUUAAAUUAGCCGAAAGUGUUAUCAAGGCAGCCGAAAAUAAGAUUAGAUCAAAUUCGCAAUCCCCCAUAUCGGAAAAUGGCUCUGUAGCUUCUUAUACCGCGUGCGCUCCAGUUACGGGUGUAUACAGGCAAGCACCACGUGGAUGGAUAGGAAAUGCUCAAGGGGAAAGCUCUCCAACUUCAGGUUUCUCGUCUCCAGAUUUCAGUUCUCAGCGUUAUUCGACACCCACUAGGCCCCAUGGCGUAAAAUCUAACUAUCAAAACUUCAAUACUGUUCCGAAAACGUGGAAACAGGCGCAGCAAAGUAAGAGUGUUGCACCAACUACCUUCAGAUCCGUCAGGCCCCCUAAUUGGCAUAAAUAAAUCCUUGCAAAUUUCAACACAGUUCUACAAUAAUUAGCUACAUUUUACAUCCCUCAAAUGCCGUUAUUUUCUUUUAAAAUGCUCUUAAAAUAUGCAAAUCUGGUCUAGAUAAACCUCAAAAAAGUAUUAUUUUUAGAGAUUUCUCGCGCUGUCGACAAUAUGAAAACUGUAAUUCUAUUAUAUAAUUUUUUCGGUCUGGUGUGUGAUUUUGUGUCAUAUUUGACGUAUUUAAUACGGUUUUUUGGAAGCUUUUAAUCAGUUUAUUGCAUUUAUAGUGUAAAGUUUAAGUCGUUACAAUUAUAAUAUUUGUUAUGUAUGACAUUGAAAAAAUAAAUAAAUAAAAUGGAUGUCAAACUAUGUUU